AUGGUAGAUCCGACUCUAAUCUCUCGGAACAAAGAAGCCCAGCAAAAUGAGAGUGAAUUAUGGGCAAAUUUCCAGCAGACACAAGAGAAUUCUAGUUCAGAGUUCAGAAUUGAUGAUGAUCGCAUGUUGUGGUUUCGGGAUCGUCUUUGUAUUCUGAAUAACUCAGAGCUUAGAGAUCUAAUUAUGACUGAAGCUCAUAACUCUAUGUUUUCGGUUCAUCCUGGCACAACAAAAAUAUAUCGUGAUUUGAGGAACCAUUACUGGUGGAUUGGAAUGAAACAAGAUAUCACCGACUUUGUAGCUUGUUGUCUCACUUUUCAACAAGUUCAAAUUGAACAUCAACGUUCGGGUGGUGUUCUCCAAUCAUUGAACAUUCCAGUAUGCAAAUGA